AUGGCCUUUUGCUACUACGAAGCCUUGGGCGUUGGCCGGUCAGCAUCGGCCGCCGAGAUCAAGUCAGCAUACCUUUCCCGGGUCCGCAAGCUCCAUCCAGACGUGGUCGGGCGCGGGGCGCAUGCUGCGAGCGAGUACCAUCGGGUCAGCGAGGCCUUCGAGGUGCUCGGAGACACAAGCCGGCGAAAGGAGUAUGACCAAGCGACGGACUUGAAGCAGCGCGCAACAGACAGAGGUUCUCGGAGGCAUGCCGACUCUGCAACAUCGUCGGCACGUUCAUCGCAGGGUGCAAGAGGCCGUGCUCCCGAUUUCGACGCUUGGGCGCAGCGCGGGCAAACUGAGGCUUUGCGCUGGUAUCGCAUGCCCAUCCCAGAGUUCGCCUGGCGCGUUCACAGCCUUUGGUGCGAGAUUUCCGGUCGCCAGCAGAUGUCGCUUGCGGCCUUCACCGAGCUGUUGCGCCGGCGAUGGCGCAGUGCGAGGCCAGCAUCCCUGCUUGCACAUUCGCUCGACGCGGCAGCAGACUCGCUUGCACGGCUGCGGCAUCGCUUGCGUGACCCGCCGCGGCAAAGGCCUGCUGCUUCCUCCACCUCGGGCGCUCGCUGGUGGAGGCCUCGUUUCGUCGCGACGGAGCAAAGUGAGCGGCUGCGCAGUCUGCUGGCCGCGGGGCGGGGCCAAGCGGCCCAGGAUUGCUGCGUUCAGCUAUUCGCCUACGGUCCCGCUCGAGUUGCCCCGGCUUGCGUUGCGUCGGCCGCGCUGUGCGCCGCUGCCGGCGGCGCAGGCAGCUUUGGCGGCGGGGGUGGCCUGCAUGUUGGGUAUCGGUGGCUGCAGCUCUGUUUGGCUUGCAUCACGGUCCCGGCGUGGUGA